AUGGCGCCUCCCACUCCCCAAAAGACCGACGCGCUCGACAUGAAGCCUCGCGAUGCCGAGAUCAUGGUCGCUGCUUUCAAGGCAAUGGUGGAGAACCCCAAGUUCAACUACGACAAGCUCGCCGAGCUCGCGGGCUUCAACGGCAGCGCCUCCGCUAACGUGAGCUGGAACAACGUCCGACGCAAGUACUCUCUCUACCCCAGCGGAGUCAACCCGAGCUCGCCCGCCGCGAAGGGCAAGAACAGUACUCCCCGCAAGCGCAAGGCGGCGGGUUCCAACUCCACUCCUUCCAAGAAGCAGAAGUUCGGCGCGCAUGGCUUCGACAACGCUGUUGAUGACGACUCCGACGCCGACACCAAGGCGAAGAUCGAGAUCAAGGACGACAGCGACGACGACACCAAGAACGGUAUCAAGAACGAGACUAUCAUCAAGGACGACAGCGACGACGAUGUCAAGGAGGUACCGAAGCCGGAGGGAAAGUAG